CUGGCCAUUCUCAGCUGCUGGGCUGGAGUCCCUCCAGGGGAGAGCAAAGGGAAUACAAAUCCACCCACUGGGUGCGAGUGAGAAGUCACCAAAACAUGAGCUAGGAGAGGCUUCUAAAGAAGAUCCUGCCUACUCGAAAAAUCUUUCUUAUUUUUCUUAUUUUUUUUUUUUAAUUGAGAAGCUACGUGUCUGCCAUUUUUUUUUAAUUUCUAAGUUUAUUUAAAGGGAAACCAGUGGCUUGAAGAUGAGACUAAAUAUUGCCAUCUUCUUUGGGGCUCUCUUUGGUGCUUUGGGGGUUUUACUCUUUUUGGUGGCUUUUGGAUCAGAUUACUGGCUUCUUGCAACUGAAGUGGGGAAGUGUUCAGGUGAACAGAAUAUAGAGAAUGUCACUUUCCACCAUGAAGGAUUCUUCUGGAGAUGCUGGUUUAAUGGGAUUGCGGAAGAGAAUGAUUCCAGUAUCUGGAAGUUCUGGUACACCAAUCAGCCACUGUCCAAGAACUGCAUGCACGCUUACCUGUCACCAUAUCCCUUCACGAGAGGGGAACACAAUUCAACCUCCUAUGACUCUGCUGUUAUUUACCGUGGUUUCUGGGCAGUCCUGAUGCUUCUGGGGGUCGUCGCCGUGGUGACUGCAAGCUUUCUGAUCAUCUGUGCAGCCCCCUUUGCGAGCCAUGUUCUCUAUAAAGCCGGCGGAGGCGGGUACAUUGCUGCAGGCAUCCUGUUUUCCCUGGUGGUGAUGCUGUAUGUCAUCUGGGUCCAGGCAGUGGCUGACAUGGAAGGCUACAAAAACAUGAAAAUGAGAGACUGCUUGGAGUUCACCCCUUCUGUUCUCUAUGGCUGGUCAUUUUUUCUGGCCCCAGCGGGGAUAUUUUUUUCUUUGCUAGCAGGAUUACUAUUUCUAGUUAUUGGACGGCAUAUUCAGAUACAUCACUAAUCAAACAGUUGCCUCCCAUGUUUUCUUGAGCAGAUUCAGAUACAUCACUAAUUAAACUGUUGCCACCCAUGUUUUCUUGAGAGGUUUUAGAAGAGAGAAUUUUUUUUUUCAUUUUGUUUUGGUGAUCCCAGCAUAGAAUUAGUUGGUGAGCUAUUUAGUUGCUAUUUGAAGUUCACUUUUAUAUUUUACUUGUGACUUCCCCUAAUAGGAAGGUCCUAGAGUCUUUCCCAACAGCCACAUGUGUCCAUCUCACAUAGGUGCUAUCAAGAACCUAGUUCUGUAAGGAGCAGGUAACAUGGGCCUCCCUUUCAUUGCACCUGUUAAAGCUCACACAGGUUACAAAGGCCUGUUAAUGGCAUAACACCACCACCUGGGCCAGUGAAGCUUUGAUUGAAAGCUUCCUUCUUGGCGUUCACUUCUGCUGCUAUUAAAAAAAAAAUCUUUGGAGAAUAAUUAAGAACGGAAUACAAAUGUUGUCAGAGAACUUACUCCAUUUCUUCUCCACACACAUGCGUAUCCCCAUACACAUUCACUGACUCCUGUGAGCCAAUUAUUUAUGCCUUAAAAAUAGAUAGCAGUGUGCUAUCAGUUAAACACAUCGGCUGAAAUGGGCCACAACCAGACUGAGAAUGUGUGCUUAUUCCACAUUCUCCCCAACAGUGGUUUGGUUACUUACUUAAUCACUUAGGUUACUUAAUUGUGCAUGCUUGCAUAAACCUUAAACUAUGUUUAAAAGUGGCAAAUCUGCACUGCCAAAUUACAUAUGAUGCAGACUGGGUUUUCACGAGCUCAGUGGAUUAAUUAUAUGUAACAUGGCUGAAAAUAUGUAACAACCAAGCACCUUAGCUUAGUUCAGAGUACUGUUUGAUAUUUUAAAAUUCCUAUUUAAAAUUAUAGGCUAAUAUGUUCAGCAUGUGAAAAUUUAUCGAUGAAAUGUGCUUUUAAUAUGCACUAGCUAUAAACUUUCAAAAUAUUUCCACAUGAAAUAAUAGCCUUGCUGUAUUAAAGACCAUGAAAUAGUAACUUUCCCCAAGAUUUUCUAGGUUGUAGUUCUUCUGAUAAUUUGAUUCCCUUAAUUAUUGUCUCUCAGUUCCUUCAUCUUUACAAUAGGUAUUUUAACAUUUACAGAUCUGCUAUUUCCUUUAACCUCCUGGAAGAAAACUUUGUGCUGGUUGGUGAAUAAUUCUUUCUUACUUGCUAGUGUAGACAUGUAGAUGUUUUGCAUAUCAAAGAUGUUUGUUUGGCACUAAUUUUCAUUGAAAUCAAAUCCAUCUGAGAAGCCCACGUUGCAUUUGCAUCUUGGAAACCUCCACCAAGGAGCAGUUUGGUGUUGGUGAGGGAACAGAGAACCUGUGUGGUAUGAGAGCUUUGUUCUGGACACAGCAUUUUGCUCUGCGGCCCUUGUGAAUACCUAAGGCAGGACUCAGAGACAAAUUAAGAGUGACCGCCGAGAAGAUGCUGUGGGAUAGAGGGGCUAUUGCUUUCCAUUCCUCGGUUCCCCUGAUGGAGAGAUCGCCUGUCUUCUUACACAUCUAUCCUUUCCGUUAACCUGUUUCAGUGGGAGGGAUUUCUGGAGGGAUCGCCACCAUCUGAGGUAUCUGCAGAAUCAUGAGGGCAUUUUAAUGUUUAGUGACAGGAUUCGCAUGCAAUAAAAACCAAACACAAGAAUACAAGACAAAAAAAAAAAGCUUCAGGGGUUUAACUGGUUUCUCAAGCCAUCUGAGUUAUAUCAUAAAUAUUUUUUGUGAUCCUUGCCUUUGUCUUUUUCUGUUUUCAUUUUUAUAUUGCUCCGUUUACUUUGCUUUUGGCUUGAUUAUUAGAAAAAUAAUUAUGGGUUCUGUUAUGCAUAUUUGCUGUGAUAUUAAGUUAUGGCAUGCCAUUAAGUUUUCCAGACGAUGCUAGAUGUAUUUGAUUAGUUCAUGUCAUCUGUAAAUACAAUUCCUUUUUGUAGAACUUUGGAAUGGAGCCUUUUUUCUAGUGUAUUAUAUGUCAUUUAAAUUUCACAUACAAGCUGCUUUCAGUAAAGGUUUGAAUAUUUAUAAAUUUCAGAUGGUUAUCCUCGUUUUCUAAUACACUUAUGCGGCUACCAUAUAUUUAUCACAAGGCAAUUGGCUGAAUAUCUGAUGUGUAUGACACUUUUACACAGAUACACACUUUGGAAGUAUUUCAUAGUUGUAAUGCAUCAAUCACAUUAAUUCAGAUGCAUUUCCCCAUCUACUUACCAGCAAUCUGCGGAAGGAAGGAAGGUGAGUUCUGUGUGCUGUGUCUAUAUGUAAAAUAUACUUUAAAAUAGCAGAAAUAUGCAGUAUAUUCUCGUAACAGCCUCAUGUGUGAUUUGGGAUAGUGUGUUUGCUUCUAUUCGGUGUACUGAUUAAUUUUCAGAAGCUUCCAAAUAAUAUGUCAAAACCCUUUGUAAGUGUGUUGAUUUUGCAUCAUAAAGUUUCAGUGUAACAAAUGAGAUGUCUUUUUGGUGCCAUCCUGGAAGGAGUGAAGUAAGAGGGCAGUUCCUCACGCCCUUGGACUUGGGGAAAGCUGUUGUCUUUCCAUACUGUAUUUGCUCUGGGGGUUCAGUUUGGUCGGGCAGCAGGUGGUACAUGCACUGGAACUGGCUGGAAAAACUGUGCAGAGAAGCUGAAUGAUGGUGUUCAGUUUGGGGGUGGAGGGUACGACUUAAAAAAAUGCAACUAGGUGUGCUAUUCCUGGCCAUUUAGUCACUGUUUUGACUAAUAUAUGAAAUGUAUUUAUUGAAGUUGAAUAUUAAAGCCACUUAGAAAGGUGCAUGGUGGAUGAGGUGUCAGCAUUUGGUAGUUAUCUGUGUAUCUAUCAUCAACACAUAAGUGUGUGUGUGUGUGUGUGUGUGUGUGUGUGUGUGUCUACCCAGAAUUAUAAAUUUGGAUACAAAGAGAUAAAGUGAGUGAUGGAAAUCAAUAUAAUUGAGAUAAGCAAAAUUUUACAAAUCUGUUUCUCUCGGGGGACAGUAAUAUGUCCCUGAGUACCACUUUAACUGUUUUACUCAAUUGAUGAUGGUCUCUUCAGUUCAGUACAUAAUUUGACUUAUAUUUUCAUGAAAAGCAACCAGAUUAAGCUUACAAAGAGGCUUAGAAUGUCAUAAGGAUUAGACAGAUAUGAGGUGCCAGUAAACAUAAGCUGUACAUACAUCUGUAAGAAAGUAGCAUUGUGGAGAAAGACCCGUAGUACUGGGCUUACAUGGAAAGAAAUAUAUCGAGUAAGAGGAUAGUUCCCCAAUUUGAUUUUGGUGAAAGGCCACCAGGAGUGAAGGGGCUCAUACAAAAGAGAUGAAAUAGAAACUACAUUUUUUGUUGAUUGUCCUAAAGAAUUAAAUACAUAGAGACAUUUCCUCGGCGAUGACCCAGAGUAGGUACAGAAAUUCCAACAAAAACUUAGGAAGACAGUGUAUUAGAUGUUAAAAACCAAGGAAGGUGAAGAAAUAUUAAACGUCAUACAUAUUAUAAUAAGCAUAAAGCAAGCUGGCACACUUAACCUGGUUGGCAGGAUAAGAGGAAAGAAAGAACAAAGGUCCUACUAGAGCUUAGAGUUUCUGAGCUAGCUCCAUGAAGGCAAGUGCUAGGACCUCUGUCUUUGGGAAUGUUGAGAUCAGCCUGGACCAGUGUGUGAGGGUGGGAAGUAUUAGAGAGGACAAGUCUGAAAUGACAGCGGAGGAGUACUAAGAGUCCAACUCUGGCUUCUCAGGGGUCAUUUGUCUCACAGGUGUGUCCCCAUGGCUGUGAACAAUUGAAGGGGCAGUUGGCGGGUUGAACUUUCUAAAAUGAUACGCCUUAGGAUAUAGAGAAUCAUAUAUUAUGUCUAACCAGUCGAUUCUAUUUAUAAGACAUCUAUCUGUAAGUAAACACAUUAGAAUGAUUUUGAAUUCUUCAAGUAAUAAUUUUUCUUGUUUGCACAAAUGAUAGGAAUAGUCUCAAUUGUUCUUAUGAAAUAAGUGUGCUUGGGGUAAUUGGCAUCCUGUAUUGAUCCCAAGUAUUAUGUAGAUAAUGUAGGGGAGAGAAGGCUCACUGGAAUAAAAUAAAUACAUACACAGCAAACAUUUUAAUAGUCUCAUUCUUCUGGGAGUCUACGAGUUAUUGUGACAUAAUUCACUGAAAAUGUAGAUAGCUCCCCCUUUGUGUGGCAAUUGGGUUUUUUUCCUUAGCAUUUCUUUGUCCAUUUAUUCUAAAAAGAGACUGCCACUGUUAAAAAAAAAUUCACCAAUGCUUACAGAUUGUGUCGUCACUGCAAACCAUCUAAACAAAUAGGUAUUUGAACAAUAUACCUUUAAAAAGAAUAAUAAUAAGAGUGAUAUAUAAGGAACAAUGCUUGUUGCCUUAUAUUUUUGUGCGGCAUAUACAGACACUAUAUGAAGUACUGAUAUAUUGUCUUCACUCCGCCCCAAUGCAAGAACUUUUUCCUCAAGAAUUUUAUGGGUUUGUGUAAAUUCCUGGAGAGACGUCAAACAGAAAGCUGGAUUAACCUAUAUGUGUGUGUUUUGUAAACAUACACCCAUGAACCUAUGUAUGGUUUUAUUUCUGCAUAUAUGUGUUAUGUAUGCAUGUGUAAAUAUGGAUUUGGAUAACGCUGCAUAUACAUUUGUCAAUAGACAGGUCUGAACGUACAUACACAUAGAUGCAUAAUACAUGUAUGUUUAUGAAAUAUUUUAUACAUCUAUAAUAUAUAUAUGUACAUAAUAAAUGCCUACGUUUCUCUCAUAUGUGCAUACAUACUUCUGCAAAUGUCUGUCAGUCUCAUAAGGCUUGCCGAAGUGGGGGCUUAUUUUAUUUUUAUGCUGUUGCAAGCCUGUCCCAGGGGUGAGUGGGGGAUAAAGGGGAGACUCAGUGAGUGCUCCCAUAGCCUCUCUUCCUUGGAUCCAGGGCGUAUGUGACGAUGCAUGUGCAACGGAUUGGUCGUGUCCGACCCAAUGGAUGCCUAAUGGCAAUGCCCUUGUCUUUGAACACCUUCUAACAACUGAUAUCUAGCAAUUGAUAACCACUAGUGAAUAUUUAUGUAACACUAAUAAGUUUUGCCAAGUAAAAGAGUUCCUUUCUAAAGCAGCAUGCCUUGGUUGAUACAUUUUUUGAAUGCCCUUACAGAAGGUUAAGCCAACUGGGUGUCUCAUGAACUCCUUAUCUGAGUCACCUGUAGGGAAGAUCCUCUGGUGACUCAGGUCACACCUCUGGUGUGGUGGCAAAAGUUUUAAAUCUGUGUCUGAAGACCGGCAUUCCAAUCCUGGAUUUUAAACUUAUACUUUGAAAACUUAUUCCACUUUACUUUCACUCAGUAGCUUCAUCUAAAAUAUUUACUCGUUUAUUCAGCAAAGAGUAAUUGUCAGCAGUCUGAGCUGGAGACUCACAUCUGGAAGUCACCACACUGAAAAGCAUGGGAAGGAUGAGGCUGCGAGGGAGGAUGGCUAGAGAGAGGAACUCUCUUUGCGCUGGCGAACCCAGCAUUUAUAGGGUGAAGAGAAGGUGGAGCCUGAAGAGAGGCCAGAAAGAGAUAUAGAAGGGUUGAUAGGUUUGGGAAGGCCAGUGGGGAGAAUGUUUUGAGAAGGGACUAAGUUUUGUACUUUCCCAACACUGUUGGCAAGAUGGCUGUGACAGGGAAAGAAAGGGAGCCUCUGGACGUGGAAGCUUGGAGAUUGUGACAAUGAUGACAGAAAUCUUGGCAUAGUGGUGGGGACAGAAGCUGGAUCUGAUUGGUGUGGGGAGUCACUGAGAGAUGAGCAUGUGGAGAAUGCAUGCUGGGCCGCUUCUAGAAAAAGACUGUCUAUCUUCAAGGAGGGCAAAGGGUCAUGGAAUUGGAGAGAAGGGAGUGUGAGGUCCAGAGAAAGCAUUCUUAAGACCUGGGAAAAUGAGAGCGAGUUUGCCUCUUUUGAAAAUCAUUCUGUCCAGAGAAGAGGGUGAUGGUGUGGGGGAAGGACCAUGAUGGGGGUGGGGGUGGGGUCAUGGGGCAUGCUGAUGUACAUGUGGAGGGACAGUGCACCUGCCUCCCCUUAAAGGGGUCAUAUAUUUAAAGAUGCCCAGAAUGGAGAAAGCACUCACUAUGUUACAGUUGGUAAAACCAACCAACCAACGCCUCCCCCCCAAAAAAACCCCCACAAAUACAAACAAAAUUCCUAUUGUACAUUUACCAAGCACUAGUUCCAACGUUAGGCAUCGGGGUUGCAGAAAGUUGAGCAAAUCACCUUGUAUAGGUCAAAUGUAAUACCCUUCACUGCUUAUCAGCCAAGAUAUGAAUCAAGCCCCAGGGAGUAAACACAGCAUAAAUAUAGAUCUGUUAAAAUUUUGAGUAGGAAUAGACUGAGUGUGUCAGGAUGUUGCUGACUAUCCAGAAGAUUCCAUCAUGCUCAUGAAGUUAAAUGCUCCCUGACUUGUUUCUCUAGAUAAGUAUUUGAGAAGGAGAUUUCUUGUUCAUAUCUGAUGGCAUUAGUUUUAUUCCAGUCUAGAAGAAUCCUGGUGACUGUCAGAAAUCCAUCCAUUGGUGUGAUGGAAAACCUUGGCCUCCUGUUUUAAGGAUAAUCAAAACACAUUCCGGAUACUACACUAGAACCCUGGAUCUGGGUUCUGCAUUAUUUGUUUUAGGUUGUCCGUUUCUGAUCUGGGAAAAUACCCAAAAUAAAACAAAAAGUAUAGUAUGUGAAAGACGGUUGAUAAAUGAUCAGAAAGAGGAUUUUUAAAACUGACUCAGUUUGGAUUCUAAGACAUUCUUGUGUUUCUUAAUUCAUCAGUAGUAAAAUCAGAGUUUAUUU